AUGUACGGAAAGACCACCCUCGCCUUCGCGGCGCUGCUCGCGGUCUCCAGUGUCGUCGUCGAUGCCGCCACGCCCCCCUCGUUCCCGCCGCCUGUGCCGGCGGAGUUCCCGGACUGGGACGAGGCAAACGUUAUCCCUGCCAAGUUCUUGAAGGAGAAGCUUGUUACUGAGGCUGUUGCUUGGGUCAACGAAGUCGUCCCCGCAAAGUUCCUCAAUCUCAAACCCUCGAUCGGCAACGACCCCGCAUCCCUGCAAUACCGCGAAGACCCCGUCAAAGCCCACUUCUGGGCCACCACGCACGUCAUCCAGAGCAAAGAUGUCGACCGGUGCCCCGGCGCCAACACCUGGGGUCUCACCUUUGACGACGGGCCGUACACGCCGGACCCCACCGCCGACGCCAAGGACACCCUCUCCUCCCUCGACGUGUACAACGCGCUCAAGAAGACGGGGAUCAAAGCUACGUUCUUCAUCAAGGGUGGACCGGCGGUGUUCAACCCUGACCCGCUGAACGCUGCCGUGAAAGACGGAAACGAGUUGGCGAUCCAUACCUACAACCACCACCCCAUGACGUCCCUGAGCAACGAGCAGAUCGUUGCCGAGCUCAAGUACACUGAAGCCAUCAUCUUCAAACACACGGGUCUGGUCCCCAAGUUCUGGCGGCCGCCGUACGGUGUCAUGGACGACCGUGUGCGCUACAUCGCCGAAGCGUUGGGAUACACCGCGAUCGUGUGGACGGACACGCCGGACAUGGACGCGCACGAGUCGGAAGUGGUUGGGGAUGGCAGUUUGACGUUUGAUCAGAAGGUGGCGAAAUUGGUCAAGACCGAGGAGAGCUGGAUGAAGAAACAGGCUGGGUUCAUUAGCUUGAUGCAUGACCAUGGCCCGCAGAGCAUGAAUGCGAAUUUGAAGACGAUUGAGACGAUUGGGAAGAGGAUGAAGGCGGGAACGUUGGGGUUGACUGUGAAGCCCGUAGGCCAGUGUUUGGGGACGGAGGUUUAUAGGAAGAAGGGCGUGGAGCCUGUUGGUGGCACAUCCUCGACCAAGGCGGUUACCACUUCCUCCACCAAGGCGGCUACCACCUCAUCUACUCGCACGACCUCCACACGCGCGACCUCCACCGUCAAGACGACCACCUCAGCCAUCGAGACUGUCACCAGCGACCCGCCGACCAUCACCACUUCCUCAACCACUACCUCAGCCGUUGAGACUGUCACCCUCGACCCGCCUACCACCAUCACCACCCCUUCGAAGCCCACCAGCGAGCCUACCGACGUCCCCUCGAACCCUACUACCCCCGUUGCCGAACCUACGGAAACCACCUCCACCGAGGCCUGCGAUGACGAGGAGACGACCACGACCACCGUGGAGGAGACCAGUACCGUUGAGGCCCCUCCUACCGAGACCGAGACGUGCACCGAUGAGCCGGAGCCUACCGAGACAGAGACAUGCACGGACGAACCCACCGCGGAACCCACCGACGUCUUCACCACAGACAUCCCCAUCGCCGACCCCGUCACGUACACGUACACCUCAACCCCAACCUCAACCCCAACCGACGAGCCCGUCUCCUCCGCCACCACCGUGCGCUCCGCAGGUGUCGCGGCCGCCCUCAUCGCGGCCGUUGCGGCGUUCUUUUAG